UAACAGUCAACGAGCAACAAAUGAAAAUUGAAAAUAUAGUUCGUGUCAAAGGUUUAUGUGGUAAUGAUGUGAUUAAUUUCAUCCUUUCGUUAUUUUACUCGAUAAUAAAAGAGAUAAUGGACGUGUAAUAAUUUUAAUACUAGUGGUUUCAGUGUUAGUAAAAAUAGCCAAGUUUUUCAUAGCAAAGCAAUAAAAACUAAUUAUCUUAUAAGAAAAAUAUUUAGAAGAAAAGAUGUCUGUAGGUUGGGCUAACCUACCCAUCCUUCCACUUAGGUGUAUACUUGAACACCUGAGCGUAAAUGAUGCACUUGCAGCUACAUCAACUUGCCAACACUGGCGCAGUGCCAUACUAUUAUAUGAAGGACACAAAGAAGUUAUUAAAUUAAGUGUAAAGAACAUAGAGAAGAGCAUGUUCCUGACUCGUAUAUUUAAAAAGUACACAAAACACUUGCACAUUUACAUUGACACAACAGUUGUAGAAGAAUUUGUGUCCUUUAUGAACUAUAUUUUGCCAUUAUACUUCGAUACAAUAAAUCUAAACGAACUGGCAUUUCUCGGUCCAAGUUACAUACUUAAGAAUCCAAAUGUGCCAAUACCACAACUGCAAAGAAUAAUAGUUGAGACUCUCGUCUUCAAGAACCUACAUAGUCUACAGAGGCUUCUUUUAACUGGCUGUGAGAUGGGAACACCUAAAAAUGAAAACGAUAGAUACGUACACAAGAAUGUAGAGUAUUAUUCGCGGCCGCUGACGUUCAGCACUAAGCGUUGCCUGGAUGACACCAUACUAUCUAGAAGCAAUGUCGGAUUGAUGAUGUUCUCUAAGCUACAGUCCAUAGUGAUAGACUACGAGUACUUAAGCUCAGCUGCCGUAAACACACUGAGUCGUCUGCCGGAAUUGGCGCUGCUCACUUUAAACAUCGGACACAAGCGCCCUCUAUCGUUGCCGAGAUUCGAAUGGCCGCCCGAGACAUUGAACGUCGCUAUUAACGUCAUUUCAGUACCAUUGGACCGCUUCAACGAUAUUAUAGAACAUGUAUUUGUUCGUGGGCUUCUCCUGGUUUCACUUAAAGUCAUGUUCUGUAAAACUUUCCAUGUGCCACUGUUAUCGCACCUGUCUCGUUUGUAUAAGUCCACGCUGCAAGAGUUCGUGUGGGUGGACGCUCCGUGCAUAUCUACCACGCCAUUUUACAGGGUCGUCAAGCCUGAACUGUACGAUGUUUGUGUGAAUCACAUUCUACUGAUGUGCUGGCAGUGUGUACAACUACGUAGACUCGUUAUUCAUGGCUACUGGCUCUGGCAAUACGACGUGCUGGGUAUUGUGCGCCUGCGCAGGUCGUUGGAACGCCUUGAAUUAUCAGCAGUGUACGGGCAACAGAACCACUUCGGUACGGCCGAUAAUCGCGUACUAAGAGUUUUAGCCAAUGACGACUUGGAUAUUUUGGAAGCUCAAUAUAUUGAGAAAAUCAAUGAGCAUACACAGUUCAAAUGGGCGCCAACAACAUAUGAGGCUUUGCCGCCAGCGCUCAAGCUCAAUGCUACUUCGCAAGAUCGGGCUGAUUACUACAUGCGUGAAAGUUCCAUAUAAACAGACAAAGACAGGCUUCAAAAUUCAAAUUAAACCUACAAAAUAUAUAUCUUAAAACAAAUCUAAAUGUUAAAUUUUAACUGUUGACGUCUCGCGCCAAUACUAAGAGACAGCUAUAUUAAAAUACCAAUACGUCAAAAGUAUAUUUAAGUUAUUCGAUGAAAUCAGAAGUAUUCGGUAUGUACACAGUUAUAUGUUUAUAGAACUAUGUAUUUUUAAAUUAGUUGCUAUAUACUUUGUUAUAAAACGGUUAUUUUGUGAAAUAAGAACAAGUAUACAAGGGCUUGAGUUUCCGUAUACCAAAAGAUAAAAGGACGUCGAGUUAUACGAUCUGUCAAACUAUUUUUCUAUCAAGGUUUGACAUUUGACAGUGCUGGUCAGAUUUUGACUUGUAAAUAACGCCGGUAUUAUAAUUAGCUUAAUAUUUUAAAAAGUAUAACCGUGAAUAUGCGUAUAUAUCGUUAUAUGUUGAGUUGGUGUAAACUGUUCUACUGAACUAUUUAACGUGUGUUUAACGAAAAUCCUGUAGGGCAACUUUUAUAUUGUUUUACCUUGGUAACACUGAAAAUGUUUAGAAAAUGAAAACCUACUUAAUGUAGAAAGUUGCCAAUACUUUUAUUGUUUUUCGAAGUAAUCUACGUUCCUUUCAUCGCAUUCGAUGGACUCACUGAGAAAAGCAGUGGGCCAGCCUUCCUCAGGGGUCUCUUCUAUGGCAUUUUCGUACGCUUUUACCGCAUCUUCAGGGCUCGUAAAGCGAAUACCUCGAAUUUUAUCUUUAGU